AUGUCGACAGCGCAAGAACUGGCGCAAUCGCGUUCCCGGAUCUCCCACCUAGGUACAGCGCGCCCAUCGUCAGCUGUGAACACCGAUGGUACGCCUUCCGUCUCGGCCUCUGCCGGCGCUUUGCUCGAGCCAGAAGCCCAAGAUCGUCGCCAUCUCAGGCUGAGCGUUCGGCUCGUCGAUACAAUUCGCCACUUUUGGGAUCUUGGCUUUACAGCCUUCGGUGGCCCCGGCGUUCACGUCGUCAUUCUCCGCAAACGCUUUGUUGACCAACUGGCAUGGCUCGACGAAACCACCUUUGCCGACCUGUUCUCGCUUGGUAAUGCUCUUCCUGGUCCAGGCUCGACGCAGCUCGCGUUCUCCAUUGCUCUCGCUCGCAACGGUACGCUGGCAGGUCUGAUCGCCUUUCUCUGUUGGUCGCUACCGGGAGCGGCAGGUAUGGCCGCUCUCGGUGCUGGUGUCAGAAAGUUUCCCGAAAGACUGCCGCCCAUCGUGCUUGGUCUGUUGACUGGCUUGAAUGCCUCGGCGGUUGGUCUGAUCGCUCUAGCUGCUUUUCAGCUGAGCAAGUCAUCGAUUACCGACUCAGUGUCGAGGUUGCUGGUGCUCGGAUCUGCAGCGUUUGGAAUCUGCUAUCAUGCACCUUGGAUGUAUCCCGUGCUCGUAUUUGGAGGCGGUUUCAUCACACUCCUCUACGACUUUCGCCAUCGCCUUCUCAAAGCAAUUACAAGAAAGUUCACGAGCAACAAGGUCAAGUCUGAGAAUCACGGCCAAGUUGCUGCCAACACGCAGGGCGAGUCGAUCCAGGAUAUAGAGCUUGAGCCUGUUGUUCGUCGUGCGUCUGUUGAUGCCACGGACAAGAAGCAGCCUGGCCCCGCUCUUCAACAACUUCCCUUCCAAGCAGCGACAAGUUCGACGGAAACACACAUAAGACAACGUAAUGCUCACACUGUGGAUCGUGGUAACACAAACUACAACCAACACGGCAACACGUCGCCAGCCGCCGGAGCUGACACCCGUACGCCGAUCAUGGUACUGAACCGUAACAUCUCUAUCGCCCUGUUGACUGCUUUUAUCGCGCUCGUGGUUGCUGUGGUAGUGACGCGUUCCCAACUCACCUCACCACCACGCAUACUGGAUUUCUUCACCAAUAUGAUGAUCGCAGGUAUCAUCAUUUUCGGUGGCGGUCCUGUCGUUAUCCCACUGCUUCGAGGCUACACGGUCGACAAUGGAUGGGUCGAGUCUCGCGACUUUCUCCUUGGGUUUGCCAUUCUUCAAGCGUUCCCUGGACCCAACUUCAAUUUUGCUGCUUACCUCGGCGUUCUCGCGAUCCCCAGCAAUCCUGCGCUGGGCUCAUUCCUGGGGUGGCUGGGCAUCUUUUCACCGGGUCUUCUGCUCAAACUCUCGCUUCUGCCCGUCUACAACUCGUGGCGCAAGCACGAAGUUGCUAAAUCCGUGCUUCGUGGUCUCAACGCUUCGGCGACCGGCCUUGUCUAUACGGCCGUCUGGCAGCUGUUCCUCGUGGGCUACAUUUACACUCCUGCACAAGGUGCGGUCGUGGAGGCAGCAACCCAGAGUGGGCCAUUAACAUCGGAUCCUUUCUGGGGCGUAGUUGCCAGCUCGGCGUUUGUUGCAACGCAGUGGUUCAAGAUUCCACCUGCUGUCACGAUCGUUGGCGGUGCAGUUGCAGGGCUGGCGUGGUUCGGUGUGGUCGGUGCGGCAGGCACUGAGCGUCAACAAGCAUUCUUCUGA